ACUCACUCCACAUGUACACUCUAUUCAUCUCAUCUCAUAGAUCUAUUACUUCCUUUGGCACUCUCUGGAUUCUACGCUUCAAUCAAUCCUCUCUCUCUGUCUGCUCAAAGAUCCUCUUCUCUUCUUUUUCUUCUUCUUCUUUCUCUCUCCUUCUCUCUUGUGCUUGUCCGCUUGCAAAUCUGGAGGUAUUGGUUUUGUUUUGUUUAAAUACAAAAACCCAAGAUUUAUCAUAAACCCUAAUUCUCGUGGUUAUCUGCGACCCCAUCAGCGUCAACCGUCAUCAUCACCUAGUCUGCUAUUUCGAAUUUUUGAUCUCCUCUGCUGCGCGCUUUUGUGGCGGCAAAAGUGAUUUUUAUUUUUAGGAAAAAUAAAUAAUGGCGAGUCCAUAUCCAGGACCUGUUAGCGCUGUUCAGGUCGGGUCCUACUUUGUAGGACAGUAUUAUCAGGUGCUUCAACAACACCCUGAUCUUGUUCAUCAAUUCUACGCUGACUCCAGUACAAUGAUUCGUGUUGAUGGAGAUUCAAGCGAGUCUGCUUCCACAAUGCUGCAAAUCCAUACUCUUGUCAUGUCCUUAAAUUUUACUGCAAUCGAGAUCAAGACCAUCAAUUCUCUUGAAUCUUGGAACGGGGGUGUUUUGGUGAUGAUAUCUGGUUCUGUUAAAAACAAGGAUUUCAGUGGCAGGAGAAAAUUUAUGCAGACCUUUUUCCUGGCUCCCCAGGAGAAGGGCUACUUUGUUCUUAAUGAUAUCUUCCACUUCAUUGAUGAAGAAAUCAUUUACCAGCAACAUCCACCUCCUAUCUCAUCUGAGAAUGUCUAUCAGCAACAUCCUGCGCCCGUAUCAUCUGAGGAUGCUCAUGAUACACAACCGAAUUCCUCUAGCCCUGUUCCAGAGCCACCUGUUUCCAAUUAUGUUUUGGAGGAAGAAGCCAGGGAGUAUGUGAACUCAGUUCACAUAGAAGAUGAUCCAGUAGACAAAUACAGUCUCCCAGAGCAACAGGAGCAACAGGACUUUGAGAAUGAAAUUGUAGUUGAAGAAGCUCCUGUUGAGGAGAGUCCUCCUUCAUUUCAAAGUGCAAUGAGCAUUGUGCAAGAUCCUCCAGCUACUACUCUGGAGGAACCUGUAGAAGAACCUCCAAAGAAAACUUAUGCUUCUAUCUUAAGAGUUACUAGGGGGCAGUCAUCAGCUGCUACUCAGCCUUCUGUUAACAAGAGAGCCCCAACUGCAUCAGAUUGGAAUCAUAUACCACCACCCGUUGCUCCGCAAUCAGACUCUGGACUGUCUUAUGUGGCUGAAUCUGGAUUUGAAGCAACUGAGGAAGUCUCGGGGCUAGAUGAAGGUGAACCAAAAUCUGUCUAUGUGAGAAACUUGCCUGCCAAUGUGACUGCUGAAGAAGUCGAACUGGAAUUUAAAAACUUUGGCAGAAUCAAGCCUGAUGGUGUGUUCAUCCGGAAUAGAAAGGAUGCAGUUGGUGUAUGCUAUGCUUUUGUUGAGUUUGAAGACCUCGCCAGUGUUCAAAAUGCAAUCAAGGCAUCUCCAAUACUGCUGGCUGGAAGACAAGUCUACAUUGAAGAGCGAAGACCAAACAGUGGCAUUGCUUCUCGAGGAGGAACAGGAAGGGGAAGAGGCAGAGGCAGUUACCAAACUGAUGCACCAAGGGGCCGUUUUGGUGCCCGUAGUUUGGGCAGGGGAAGCAAUCAAGAUGGAGGUGACUACACUAGAGCAAGAGGCAAUGGUUUCUAUCAGCGUGGUACACGAUAAAAGAAAGUCUAUGGAUAAACAAGGUGUGCACAGUCAGGAACAAGCCAGGUUUUCAGAUAUAAAGUGGAAACAAGGUUUUGAGUUAUUGAUUCCUGAUUGGACUUUUUCCUUUCAACGUGUACUUCUUGAGGUGUGUUUCACAUGGAGUGUUAGAGAUAAUCUUAUUAAUGUUAUUGCCCUUACAUUUCUGAUCCCCUUGAAUGGUUUUUAUAUUCAAUUCAAGAGGGAGAUUUUGGUCAAUUUAAGCCCUUUGUUGUGAAGGAAUCUGAUGUGUUGGUUUUAUGGGUUAUACAAGGUUCUCUUUUUUAUUUAAAAA